AUGAGGGGACUGCUGGGCAGCAGCUGGAGGAAGUUUGGCCAUGCUGGCAGGGGGACAUAUGAAUGGCUAACCAGCGAACCAAGCCUGCAACUUCUGGAGCCCCAGCUGCAGGGCAGCCAGCAGGUGAGCUCCACUCAGGCAGAUGUGAAACCUUUCCUGUGCAUCCUACUUCCGGCCACCAUCGUGCUUUUCCUGGCCUUCCUGCUGCUCUUUCUGUACCGACGCUGCCAAGCUGCACAGGCCCAAGGCCAGGUGUUCAGCAUCGACCUCCCAGAGUCCCCUGCAGGAGAGGUGACCGACUUCUUGCCCAGCUUGCCUUGGGGCAGCGAGCAAGCUGUCCCCUAUUCCCCACUGCCCGUCUUUGGGACCCUGCACCUGACCUGCCUGCCACCCUCCUACGAAGAAGCCAUGGGGAAUCUUCCUGGAAAAGACGUCCUGGACAUGGUGUCUCAAAAUGGAGAAGGACCCUGA